AUGGCACCCACGAAGAAGGCCGCCGACGACUACACCCCCGUCGACAUCAACAUCCCAGACAACUAUGUUGAGCACACCCUCAAGACGACAAAGCCCCUCCCGCCAUUCGAGUGGAAGAACUGGCGCAACGAAUUCCAGUGGCUCUCCUUCACCAUCCUCACCGGCACACCCAUCGUCGGCCUUAUUGGCGCGUACUACACCCGCCUGCGCUGGGAGACCCUCGCCUUUUCCGUCUUCUACUACUUCGUGACGGGCCUCGGUAUCACAGCGGGCUACCACCGUCUCUGGGCACACCGCUCGUACAACGCGUCGCUGCCCCUGCAGUAUUUCCUCGCCAUGGCCGGGGCCGGGGCCGUCGAAGGGUCUAUCAAGUGGUGGUCGCGUGGUCACCGUGCGCACCAUCGCUACACCGACACCGAGCUCGACCCGUACGAUGCCAACAAGGGCUUCUUCUACUCACACGUAGGCUGGAUGCUCGUCAAGCCACGUCGCAGACCCGGUGUCGCCGACAUCAGCGACCUCAGCAAGAAUCCCGUCGUGCGCUGGCAGCACAAGCACUACAUUUCCCUAAUCCUCCUCUGCAGCUUUGUCAUCCCCACCGUCAUCCCCUGGCUCCUCUGGAACGACGCGCGGGGCGGUUAUGUGUACGCUGGAGUCCUCAGGUUGUGCUUUGUCCACCAUUCGACAUUCUGCGUCAACUCGCUUGCCCACUGGCUUGGCGAAACUCCGUUCGACGACAAGCACACUCCUCGCGACCACUUUGCGACGGCUCUCGUCACCAUCGGUGAAGGCUACCACAACUUCCACCAUCAGUUCCCCAUGGACUACCGCAAUGCUAUCAAAUGGUACCAGUACGACCCCACCAAAUGGUUCAUCUGGGCGUGCAAAAAGGUCGGACUUGCCAGCCAUCUCAAGACCUUCCCCGAGAACGAAGUCCGCAAGGGUCAAUUGACGAUGCAGCUGAAGAAGCUCAAGGAGACCCAGGAGAGACUUGCGUGGCCCAACGACAGCAACGACCUGCCUGUCAUUAGCUGGGAGAGUUUCCAAGAGCAAGCCCAGAAGCGACCUCUCAUUCUCAUAUCCGGCUUCAUCCACGACGUUUCAUCCUUCAUCGACGAGCAUCCCGGUGGUCCUCAUUUGCUUGUCAAGAUGAUCGGCAAGGACGCUACGACAGCCUUCUUUGGUGGUGUCUACGACCAUUCGAACGCUGCCCAUAACUUGCUUGCCAUGAAGCGCGUUGGUGUCCUCCACGGAGGUAUGCCUCACGGAUUGGACGACAAAGUGGUGCCACCAAGUCAACGGCUGAAGAUUGCACGAUACACCGAGCUGAGCUCGCCGUACAACAGCUCCGCGAUGUCGGACGGCGAGGGCCUCCUCGGUUGA